AGUGUUAGUGUUAGGUGUGGAUGGACGUUGUGGAUUGUUCAUUGACAGAACAGAAACGAUGGGAAAGUUACAGUCCAAACUUGCUUUGAAGCGCAGACAAAGUCCUGAAGGUGGGAGUCUGGCUUCCAGUGUGUUGACUGGUCAGAGGGAACUGGAGCACAGUCACAAAAGCAAAGUGACAGAGAAAUUAGGUGCAGGACUGAGGGGAAUCAGUUCUGACUAUAUCUGCAACCUGCAGGUGGUUUUGACGCCAAAGAAGACACCUGACAGGGACAAAAGCGUCCACCUCCAGGUCAAUAAAGAGACAAAGAAGAAGAAAAGCAAUGACACACAGACGGACAUGGUGCUGGAGGAGGACUCUCAGCAGGAGUGGACUUUCACACUCUACAAUGUUGACAACCGCACCAAGGCCACAAAGAAGGACAUGUCCAGUAUGAUGUAUUCCAUGUGUGAGGCCUUAGAGGCAUCAGUGAAGCAGCCCUGCUUUGAACACACGCCCCUGAAGAUCAAGUUAGCCGUAUCUCCAUCAACUUGCCCGAACAAGAUUUCACAAACAGCAGUCACAGAACAGAAGCAAGGUGGGUCUCAGGAGACAGGAUGCCCAGUGAGGAAACUCUACUGUGUAGAUGAAAACAUAGAGCGCAGAAACCACUACCUGGAUCUCGCUGGCAUUGAGAACUACACCUCUAAAUUUGACAACACAGAGACACCUUGUCAGGAACCACAAGACCACAUUUACUCUGCUCUUCAGCACCACACAAUGGUAGGAAAGGAGCACUGCACCUUCUCUGAGUCUCCUGUAAAUCCCCCUAUCCUUCACCCCUCGAAAAAUAAGCCCAGUUCAAUGGGGAAAGACGGGAGCAAAGGAGAAGGGAAGUCCUGCAGGUGGCAUAGCCAACAUCAUGCUUCAUGGUGCCACCCUACCCAGUGUAACCCCCCAGCGCACAGUGUCCCCCACCGUACCCACAGCAAGAGGAAUCGCUGCAGGCUACAAGAUGCUCACACACCCCUCAGGCAUCCUGGUUCCCAGAAUCAACCCUGGGAGGAUAGGAACAUAUUAAAUAAAAAUCCUGUGUCCUGUGGGGGCUCUCUGGCACAGCGACAUGAGCAUCAUCAUCACCAUGAGCACCACCACCAUCAUCACCACCACCACCACCCUUCAUAAAUGCAUU